AUGGGAGCAUCACCAUCCGUCAGUAUCGUGGAGAAAGCCAGUAGCUCGGUAGUUGCAUUGGCACAAGUCGCCCCGCUUUUGAACCUCAACAUCUCUUCGCAAAUGAAUCGUGGUUCUACUUUUCCAUCACCAGGCGGACUGCCCAUCCCGCCCUUGACGUCCAGUCGCUUCUACAGCCCCAACGGAUCGUAUUUGAUGACGAUGCUUCGCCUCGGACAUUCCGUCGGUCCCAAGGUGCUGGUCCGCACAGACUUUUGGCUGCUCCUGGCCUUGCACCUAGUGGCAUUCGCAGCUUACAACAGCGGCUUUAUGGGGGAGAAGGGUGGCGGGUGGAGGCUAGGCCUGCAGGAGCUCGAGUGGUCUGACGUGGAGCUAAGUUCGUUCUCAUGUUUCUUGGUGCGAAAGAAAGCGCAGGGAAGGCUCAUCUUUGCGGCAUAUUUCAGAUAUUUGCAGUUGGGCCAGUUGGUCAGGAAGACAAUGGACAGCGUCUACGACUUCGCCUUCGAGGCUCGGCUGUUCUUGCGCAUGGAGAACGAACCGUACGACCGGCUCGGCUGUCGAUGGGCUGUGGGCUCUUUGAUCCUGGUCCUAUGCGAGAUUAG